AUGGAGAAACAAAAUAUUGAGAAAGCUAACGAUGAGUUGCCAAUUUAUCCGGCAAGCAGUAUUGUUCAAGAUGGACCGUGAGUUUUGGGAAGAUUCCUUAUAGCACUUUUAAGCUGUCUAACAUCCCAUGCAGUCCCGUUAACCGUUCUAAAACCCAUAGAAGCCUCCAAAAGCCCUCUGGAGCCUUUUGAAGCCCCCGGAAGUCCCUGAAGCCCCCUAAAGCCUCCUAAAACUCCCAAUAGAUCUCUAAACCCUUCCAAAAAUCUGCUGACGUGAAAAAUUUUGAAAAUCAAUUUUUUACAACGUUUUUUUUUGAUUGGAUCAAAAAAUCCAAUCAAAAUAUAACAUUGACCAGCCAAUUUUUUGUUAUUUUCAAAAUAUAUUGUUAUCACCCAGGGAUUUGAGAUUUGAAAGAAAAAAAGCUGAUUUCAAAAUUCACAAAUCGAAAAAAAAUCCUAAAUUUCCCUGAAAACCGCAAAAACUUUGAACUUUUCCAGAGGCUUCUUCGAGAAGAUCAAACAACUCUUCAACUACAUGACCUGUGGAAAAUUGUACGCUCCACCAGCGCAAGUUGUCACCCUCUGUGCCGAAGCAUCCCCUUACAUUCCUGUAGGUUUUUUUUCAAGAAUUCUAAUUUUCCCUAAUUCAAAAAUAUUUUAUUUCAGAGCUGGAUCCACAAAGCCGAAUUGCUCACCGAGGAAGAGUUGAACGAUAUGGCCAAAAUCAUGAAGAAAUUUUAA